CGCACAUGUAACUAUUCAACACUCGUUUUCGUAUCGUUUUCGAGUGUCUAUUGUCUCGUGGUGGUUAAGGUAAUCUGAGACUGGAGAGUUUUGGAUGAUUCGUACUUCGUUCUCCUUCGAGUUUAAAAAUUAGUUCAAAAAUUUUAAAUCUAUAAAAUUAUUAAUUACAUAUAAUACUUUUUUUAUUUAUAUUAAAUAUAUAUAAAAUAUAUAUUUAAAAUAUUAAGUAUUUAAAAAAUAUACAUAGAAAAUACGAGUUUAUAAUCUCAAAUAUGUAUUGUGAACCAAAUUCUACGAAUAUUAUUUACGAUCCAGAAAAGGUAAUGAUCAUCGAUUUUCGAAGUGACACUUUUACAAAACCAACCAAAAAAAUGAGAGAAGCAAUAUAUAAAGCCGAAGUUGGAGACGAUGUUUUUAAUGAAGAUCCAACAGUUAAAAUAUUACAAGAAAAAGCUGCCAAAAUGAUUGGAAUGGAAGAUGCAAUAUUUGUAUGUUCUGGAACUAUGGGAAAUUUAAUUUCAAUAAUGGUCCAUUGUGAUGUUCGUGGAAGUGAGGCAUAUUGUGGUGAUCUUGCUCAUUGUUUAUUACAUGAACAGACUGGUAGUGCUCAAAUUGCAGGAGUAAAUCUUAGGACAUUAAAAAAUAACAAUAAUGGCACUUUUGAUCUUCAAGAACUGGAAUCUAAACUUCGAAGAAAUAGAGAUCAUGAGCCUAUUUCAAAACUGGUACUUGUAGAGAAUACAAUUAAUGGAAAAAUUGUUCCACAAAAUUGGAUAAAUGAAUUAGUAUUAUUUUGCAAAAAACAUAAUUUGAAAUUACAUAUGGAUGGAGCUAGAUUAUGGAAUGCAAGUAUAGCAUCAAAGAUAGCUGCAAAGGAUAUUGUCUCAGGUUUUGAUUCUGUAACUUUCUGUCUCAGUAAAGGUUUAGGUGCUCCUGUAGGUUCCCUUCUUUGUGGAACUAAACAAUUUAUUGAAAAUGCAAGAAGAAUAAGAAAAGUGCUUGGUGGUGGUAUGAGACAAGUUGGUAUUCUUGCUGCAGCUGGACUUGUAGCUCUUGAACACAUUCCAAAUUUAGCCAAUGAUCAUAAAAGAGCUUUCACUCUUGCAUCUGCAAUACAUAAUAUACAAUCAUCAGUAUUUUUAGUUGAUUUAACUACUGUACAAACAAAUAUGGUUUUCAUGGAAGUUGAUUCUAAUAUUGUUCAUGCAAAAAAAUUCUCUAACUGUUUGCAAGAACUUAAUAAUGAUGAUAAUGACAAAGAUGUUAUCGUGAAAUGUAUGGUAAUGAACGAAUCACUCAUAAGGUUUGUACUUUCUUUUGAAGUCGGAGAUGAUGAAUUAAAAUUGGCUAUUAAAAAAAUUAUACAUGUUAUUAAAAAACUAGAUCCUAAAUUUUAAUUAUAUUAUAUUUAUUAGUUGUUAAUAAAAUUAUUUA